AUGAUGGCGACAACAAAUAUAACGGGAAGAGGAACACAUACGCAAACAUUUGACGAAUCGCUAUGUUCCCCAGUUUGGUUAGGUGAGUUUAAACAACAGUCCAUUUCACUCUCAGCAGUCAACAUUCUCCUCUCCAUCACAGCAACUCUUGGGAAUUCUCUUAUCCUUGUUGCCCUUCAUAAGGAAUCUUCCCUCCAUCCGCCAUCCAAACUCUUGUAUCGUUGUCUGGCAACAACUGAUCUUUUGGUUGGUCUUGUUACCCAACCUACCUAUGCUGCCUAUUGGAUGUCCGUGGUUCACAAACACUGGAGUCUUUGCCGAUUCUCAUUUUACGCAACCGGCGUAACAGGCUAUGUGUUAUGUACAGUUUCCAUGUUGACGCUGACGACCAUAAGCGUGGACCGACUUCUCGCCAUGUUGUUGGGACUGAGAUACAAAGAGAUUGUCACUUUGAGGCGCACAUACAUCAUUUUAGCUAUCUUUUGGAUUGUAUCUCUACUCUCUGGCUUGUUCUUUCAUCUUAAUUACCGUAUAACUUUUUGGCUCAGUGUUACAGGUGCACCGUUAUGCCUAGUUAUCUCAAUCGCCUCGUACACAAAGAUUUUUCGCGCUCUCAGUCAUCAUCAGGCUCAAAUACAAGAUUAUGCUCAACAACAGCCGAGCCAACCAAAUGCACUGAUUAUGGCGCGAUACAGAAAGGCAGUGUACAGUGCACUGUGGGUGCAAUUAGUAUUAGUUGUCUGUUAUGUACCAAACAUAACAGUGGAAAUUGUGAUAUUAUUGAGUUUAAAGGGAUUAUCGAAUUUCAUCGUAAUCAGGGGAAUGGCAAAUGUCUUAGUGUUCUUUAACUCUACUUUAAACCCGUUCCUUUACUGCUGGAAGAUAAGUGAAGUAAGACAAGCAGUAAAGCAGACAAUCAGACAAGCAAUCUGCUAUGCAUAG